UUUACACAAAGCAUGGUAAUAAUGUUUGGUCCACUUUUUCAACAGUCCCACAGACCAGCCGGCCAGACAGGCCUCAGACAAGUCAGGAUGAGGCAGGGAUUGCAGGUUCUGCUUCUGGAAGCCGACCUCCUGUAAGGCGCCCAUCACAGGGCUCGGGCCACUUACCCAGGAGGCCAAGUAAGACACGGCGUCUUGGCACGGAAUCUGCGGCUCCAUCAUCCCCACCCAGGCGACGCAUUUCGGCAGUGUCACCCCAGCCACCAAUGGCACUAUUGGCGAGUUCGCAGAGUGAUGAGCCCCGAUCACCUCAGUUAUCUGAGCCCAGCUUGAUGGCCGACGUGGACCAGCAGGGACAAGACCAACAGGCAACCAUCACACUGCAACUUACACCUGUUGACCCAAGCCAGCCAAUACAGCUGCAGGAUAUCCCCCAAGCCUCCAUCAGUCCACAACUGGCACAAGCUCCGCCCCCAACCCAAAUACCAGAUGACUUUUGGGCCAGUUGGACAAGCCAACAGGCACAAAGCAAUGCCAGCCUGACCGCACAUACACAACACCUUGCCAGUCUGCCCCAUCAUCUACCGCGCAUUAGUCGCAACUCGGGCAGACUGAUUGUACAAGUAGGGCGAAUGGCAACCUCAAUGGAGCAAAUAAGGGCUGACAACAGCCAAAUGCUUGCUCAUUUAACGCGCAUCAUAGAUGAGCAACAGCGCCAUCAGCAGGCACUCGUUGAGCUCAUUCAGCACAACCAGGUUGUGAAUGAGUCCUUAUCCCGGAUUGUAGCCAGCCACACUGCAACCAACACUCAACUGAUUGCAAGCAUUAAUAAUUUGAGCAGCAAUAUUACAUUGAUGGGAGCUCACCAAGUAACCUCCAGCUCGGGGACCACGACCCCUAUCCAAACGCCAGUAACCUCCCCUGUUCGGCGUUCCUCCAGAGCACGUGCCAGUGAGCCAGCACAAAGCACAGCACCCAGCACACACAAGCGGAAAAAAUAAC